UCGAGCAAUUGAACAGGUGUAAAUAGGGGAUUUUGAGCGUCUAAUACUUCUGAACGUCUAAUACGUUGUGCAGCUGAUGGAUAAUCGUGUUAGGAAAGAAGAUGCUGUAUUUCAUAAGCAUGGAGACACAUGGAGAAAGAUCCCUUCUCAAAGAUCUCUGAAAAACAUCAACAUUAGGAAGAAUGAAUUUGUGUGAUCAGUCCAUCACUUCACAUCCUUCCCUAUAACUAUUUACGUGCACUUUGGCAGGCCUCAUUCAGCCUCCCCUCCACCUCACUAACUCACACUCACACACUCUGCCGGUGACCCCAACACUGCUCCUGCAGGCUGGGUACGGAGCUGGUCUGGCCGCGUGCCCCUCCAGCUCUGCGUGUUGGCGUGAGAUGGCGCGGCAGGAAGCAGAGGGUCGCUGCCGCUGUGGACUGUAAUGUCAGAGCCCAGCAGCCCCGGCGAGAGCCAGCGCGGCGCUCCCAGAUUCUUCGUGGGCUGCGCGGAGGAUGAGAGCGAGGGCCUGGACGACUACGCCAGCAUGAGGACAGACAUGGAGCUGUACGAAGACGACCUGGAGGAUGAUUCGCCUCCAGAGCGUCAGAUCGUGGUGGGGAUUUGCUGUAUGAUGAAGAAAUCUAAGUCCAAACCCAUGACUCAGAUCUUGGAACGUCUUUGCAAGUUUGAGUACAUCACAGUGGUCAUCUUUCCAGAGGACGUCAUACUCAAUGAGCCGGUGGAAAAGUGGCCACUCUGUGACUGCCUGAUCUCAUUUCACUCUAAAGGCUUCCCCCUGGAUAAGGCAGUGAGUUACGCAAAGCUCCGUAACCCGCUGCUCAUCAAUGAUCUUAAUAUGCAGUAUUACAUACAGGAUAGGAGGGAGGUGUAUCGUAUCCUGCAGGAGGAGGGGAUAGAUCUGCCACGCUAUGCCGUUUUAAACCGCGACCCUGACAAACCUGAUGAGUGUAACCUGGUUGAGGGAGAAGACCAAGUUGAAGUUAACGGCGAAGUCUUUCUAAAACCAUUCGUAGAGAAGCCUGUUUCUGCCGAGGACCAUAAUGUGUACAUCUACUACCCAACUUCAGCUGGGGGAGGCAGCCAACGCCUCUUCAGGAAGAUUGGGAGCAGAAGUAGUGUUUACUCUCCAGAGAGCAGUGUGAGGAAAACUGGCUCCUAUAUAUAUGAAGAGUUCAUGCCAACCGAUGGAACAGAUGUGAAGGUGUACACAGUAGGGCCAGAUUACGCUCAUGCAGAAGCUCGUAAGUCCCCUGCACUUGACGGGAAAGUUGAGCGAGACAGUGAAGGCAAAGAAAUCCGCUACCCAGUCAUGCUCACUGCCAUGGAGAAGCUUGUGGCCCGUAAAGUGUGUUUGGCAUUCAAGCAAACAGUGUGUGGAUUCGACCUCCUCCGAGCCAACGGCCACUCGUAUGUGUGUGAUGUCAACGGAUUUAGCUUUGUGAAGAAUUCCAUGAAAUACUAUGACGACUGUGCUAAGAUCCUGGGAAAUAUUGUGAUGAGGGAGCUGGCUCCUCAGUUCCAUAUCCCGUGGUCCAUACCUACAGAGGCAGAGGACAUUCCUAUUGUACCCACCACAUCAGGCACCAUGAUGGAGCUGCGCUGCGUAAUAGCUGUGAUCCGUCAUGGAGAUCGUACACCAAAGCAGAAGAUGAAGAUGGAAGUGCGGAAUCCCAUGUUUUUUGAACUUUUUGAACAAUAUGGCGGAUAUAAAACGGGCAAGCUGAAGCUAAAGAAACCCAAACAACUCCAGGAAGUUCUGGACAUUACCAGGACACUCUUGGCAGAUAUAGGACAGCAUACUGACUGUGAAGUUGAGGAGAAGAAGUCCAAGCUUGAACAACUGAAGACCGUUCUAGAAAUGUAUGGCCAUUUCUCUGGAAUCAAUAGGAAAGUGCAGCUAACCUACCUUCCUCAUGGACAACCCAAAACAUCCAGUGAGGAAGAAGAUACCCGUAAGGAGGGCGCCUCUAUACUGCUGGUGCUGAAGUGGGGGGGGGAGCUGACUCCAGCGGGCAGAGUUCAGGCUGAAGAACUCGGCAGGGCUUUCCGCUGCAUGUAUCCUGGAGGUCAAGGGGAUUAUGCUGGCUUUCCAGGCUGUGGCCUGCUCAGGUUACACAGCACCUACCGACAUGACCUCAAGAUCUAUGCCUCGGAUGAGGGCAGGGUGCAAAUGACUGCUGCUGCCUUUGCAAAGGGUCUCUUGGCACUGGAAGGGGAACUGACACCCAUCCUGGUCCAGAUGGUAAAGAGUGCAAAUAUGAAUGGCCUGCUGGAUAACGAUAUCGACUCCCUCAGCGGCUGUCAGCAGAGGGUUAAGGCCAGACUUCAUGAGAUCAUGCAGAAAGAUCAAAUCUUCACAGAAGAAGACUUUGACAGGCUGGCUCCAACAUGCAGCAGCUCUCUGGUGAACUCUAUGAAGGCUGUGGAGAAUCCAGUGAGUAUGUGUGAUCAAGUCUACACCCUUGUCCAGAGCCUCACCUCACAGAUCCGCAAAAGACUUGAAGACCCCAAAUCAGCAGAUUUACAGCUGUACCACAGCGAGACACUGGAGAUGAUGCUGCAGCGCUGGUCUAAGUUGGAAAGGGACUUCCGCAUGAAGAGCGGCCGCUACGACAUCAGCAAGAUUCCUGACAUUUAUGACUGUGUUAAGUAUGACGUGCAGCACAACAGCUCCCUGGGCCUGGAGGACACAGGGGAACUCUUCAAGCUCUCUCGAGCUCUAGCCGACAUUGUCAUACCUCAGGAGUAUGGCAUUAAUAACGUGGAAAAGCUGGAUAUUGCAUAUGCCUACUGUCUGCCUUUAGUAAAGAAAAUUCUACUGGACCUUCAGAGAACACAUGAGGACGAGUCUGUAAACAAGCUGCAUCCUCUAUACUCGCGUGGAGUGCUGUCACCAGGCAGGCAUGUCCGAACUCGGCUGUAUUUCACGAGUGAGAGUCACGUCCACUCCCUGCUUAGCAUCUUCCGUUAUGGCGGCCUAUUGGAUGAGGAGAAGGACCAGCAGUGGAAGAGAGCCAUGGAUUAUCUAAGUGCAGUGUCUGAGCUCAACUACAUGACCCAGAUCGUCAUUAUGCUCUACGAAGACAACAACAAGGACCCAUCCUCUGAAGAGCGCUUCCAUGUGGAACUGCAUUUCAGCCCUGGGGUCAAAGUAUCUGAGGAGGAGAGCGCUCCGAUGGGAUUUGGUUUCCGUCCAGCCUCUGCUGAAAAUGACCAAAAGCAAACAGACCCUGGUAGUUUGGAAAAUCUUGCCCGAGAUGAGCCCGACCGUGCCUUGCCCCUUUCGGAGGCCAUCAGCACCCAGAGGAAAUCCCCUCUGAUUCGGAAUCGCAAGACUGGCUCCAUGGAGGUCCUAUCGGAAAGCUCAUCCUCUAAAGGGGGGAGCUAUCGCCUCUUCCCCUCCUGCUCACGUCAGUCUCCAGAGAUGAAGCAGAGCGGAUUAGGCUCUCAGUGCGCUGGUCUCUUCAGCACCACCGUCCUGGGGGGCUCCUCUAGUGCCCCUAACCUUCAGGACUACGCACGCACACACCGCAAAAAAUUCUCCUCAGGCAGUUUGACCUAUAAAGACGGAAUCCAAAAAAGUUUGAAGCAAAAACAUGAGUUGUUGUCUAUGCCGGCAGUAAAGCGAUUUUCUGUGUCGUUUGCAAAGCAUCCGACUAAUGAACCCCUGGAAGAGCACCAGGUAGCCCAGCUGCUGAGGCGCUUUUCCAACGACCCCAAUAUUGGCCACCCGUUCUGUUUGGACAGUGCUUUUGCCCACCACCUCCAUCAAUGCUCCUACCAUCUCCGCCUCUUCCGCAACUGGUUAAUCUCUGGCCAGGACCCACUAGAGUACCUUUACGGUUUUGAAGGCUGCUCCAUGGUGCCCUCCAUCUACCCCCUCGAGACCCUCCACAAUUCGCUCUCACUAAAACAAGUCAACGAGUUCCUGACGGCCGUGUGUGAGAAUGCAGGAGAUUCCCACACCAGGACAACCAGAGCUUUCUCAGCCAUGUUUGACUCCCAGAAUCAGCCCACAGGGGAAUCUUACAUGCCUCACAGAGUGCUGUCCUCCUCUGUUUCAAUGCGCCAGCGAUCUGAUCGGCCGCCCUGGUACAGCAGUGGUCCCUCAAGUACAGUGUCGAGCGCCGGCCCCUCGUCUCCCACCACGGCUGACACAUCUCCUCGCUUCAGCUUCAGUGAGAAGAUCACCCUCACGCCGCAGAGCAGCGAGGAGAUCCACCCGACCCCUCACAACAACAGCCACUGUGUGUCUUCCACGUCCGAAACCAGCCUCCCCUCUGAAGACCCCCUCCCCUCCAUACCAUCUCCCAUCCCGGAGAAACCCAGUGAAAUAGAAGUGGACGGCACAGACUCUGCUGGCCAGUGUCUGACAGAGAGGCCCUGCCGUGAUGAAGUGUCAAGUCCGGCCCCUGUGGAGCCCACUCCUCCCUGCUCUCUCAUGGCAGACAGUUCGCCGCUGACGGAGUCCUCUUGCGGGAUGCCCGGCUCCCUGCCUGUGCUUCUGGAGCUCAGAGAGAGCAGCUCAGAGGCCGGCUCCAGCGCCCAGACCCCACUCACGCCCGACGAGCCGGAUGAGUUCUUUGAUACACAGGAAACGGUUGAUGUGUGGGGGGGGAACCCGGAGACCCUGCCACACCCUGGGACGCCACUGGAGGUGGGAGCUCCACAUGUGCCUGAGCCGUGAAGGAAAC